AACUUCCGGCGUGAGCGGCGAAAGCCGGGAGGGCUAGCGAGAGAGCGAGCAGGCAGCGGGCGGGCGGCCGGCACGGAGGGAGGGAGCGAGACAGCAUUGAGUGAGCCAGCGAGGGCGGCCGCGUCCCGAGAGCAGCUGAGAUUCCUCCCGUCCCUCUGACCCUGUCCCCGGAGCCCACAGCGCCUCCGGUCUCCAUCGGAACGGACACGGCCCGGCCCGGCCAUGGCCUCGUUGCUGAAGGUGGAUCAGGAAGUGAAGCUCAAGGUUGAUUCUUUCAGGGAGCGGAUCACAAGUGAGGCAGAAGACUUGGUGGCAAAUUUUUUCCCAAAGAAGUUGUUAGAACUUGAUAGUUUUUUGAAGGAACCAAUCCUAAACAUCCAUGACCUAACUCAGAUCCACUCAGACAUGAAUCUCCCAGUCCCUGACCCCAUUCUUCUCACCAAUAGCCACGAUGGACUGGACGGUCCCACUUACAAGAAGCGAAGGUUGGAUGAAUGUGAAGAGGCCUUCCAAGGAACCAAGGUGUUUGUGAUGCCCAAUGGGAUGCUUAAAAGCAACCAGCAGCUCGUAGACAUUAUUGAGAAAGUGAAACCUGAGAUCCGGCUGCUGAUCGAGAAAUGCAACACGGUCAAAAUGUGGGUACAGCUUCUGAUUCCUAGGAUAGAAGAUGGGAACAACUUUGGGGUGUCCAUUCAGGAGGAGACAGUUGCAGAACUAAGAACCGUUGAGAGUGAAGCUGCAUCUUAUCUGGACCAGAUUUCUAGAUAUUAUAUUACAAGAGCCAAAUUGGUUUCUAAAAUAGCUAAAUAUCCCCAUGUGGAGGACUAUCGCCGCACCGUGACAGAGAUUGAUGAGAAAGAAUAUAUCAGCCUUCGACUCAUCAUAUCCGAGCUAAGGAAUCAAUAUGUCACUCUACAUGACAUGAUCCUGAAAAAUAUCGAGAAGAUCAAACGGCCCCGGAGCAGCAAUGCUGAGACACUGUACUGAGGCCAGGGCCAGGGCCAGGGGACUCUGUGAGUCUGGCUCAAGACCGACAUUGCCUUGGUUUGUUACAUGACUAUCGUGAUGGGGAAACUGGCUGGAAAUAGUAAUCACACCUCUCUCUGUUUUUAGUUAGAGUCUAAUGAAACUCUCAUGUAGUUCUGUGACGUGUUUACCUCUUUUUUCAGGCCUCAGGAACUCUUCUAUUUCUUUUCCUAAUAACCCACACCCGACCUGUCCUAAUUUCUGGAGAACUCCAGGUUUGUGUGCACAGGAUGUUAGCACAAGAAUACUUGUAUUCUCUCCCCCGCCACCCUCACCCUGUGUCUUGGGCUUUGUGUUUUCUUCCUUUUGAAGAUUAGUUGGUUAGAAGCUGAGGGAACUGGAAGGAAAAUGCUAGGUGUUUUUUAGGAACUGGGAUUGGAGGUACCAGCGCCUCUCUUCCCGACAUAAAGUUAGUGUCUCUUUCCGCUAUGGGAUGUUGGAUCCUCCUUGCCACAGUUGCCCUGGUGAUGACUUAGGAUUUCCCAUCUGCACACAUCCCACCUUGAACCUGAUCAUGACAAGAAACAUCUUAGACCUUCAGCCAAGUCCCUAGCUUCUUUAGAUGUUUUUACAACUAGGAUUUUCACAUACAUAUAUGUGCGUGAUAUACACACACAUACAGACUCACACGAACACGCCUUCCUACUUCUUUGCCUGACCCCCGCCUCCCCUCACGAAUCCUGUCUCAUACACACCAUUCAGAGGGUGAUAGUUGUCUUAGUCUUCAACCACUGUGCCCCCGCCGUCUCCUGAUAUUCCAGCCUCUUGGUGUCCAGAGGUUGGUGAGUUGGAGGAGAACCGACAGAUGAGAAGCAGAGGGAUUGGGGAAGGCCCCAUCCUCUGUGAUUCAAGUCUCUUUGGGCGUUAUUGCAAAGGCCAGUCCUCUGACUCCUGGUUGCCUCUUCCCAGGCCAGUUGUAAAUUGGGAUGGGCGUGUGUGCAGCUGUGAGGGCCAGAUGCUGCUUUUCCUGUUGGGCUUUCCCUUUGGGAAAAAUAUUUCUCUUAUUUAUAGUAUUGUGCUUCCAGGGAAGGCAGUCUCUUGUGUGUAUACAUGUGUGUAUGCACACACAUGCAUGUACACAUUUUGUGUAUGUGGAAAGCUGCUGGGCAAGUCAAACCAUAGAAGAGUUGCCUCAUAUCUCUUGAAUCUUCCAGAAAUGUCACUUGUGAAAGCUUUUGUAUUAAUCCUCAUCAACCCCCACUUUUUUAUUCUACCGCUACUGAAGAGUUGAUAUCUACAGUCAGCCUGCCGGUGACUCUCAGUGUCUGUUUCUGACUUUUAUUCUUCCCCUGUCUCUGUCUUCCAACCCCCAAUCAUAUUUCCACCUGGAUGCAUCAUUUUGACUCCCAAUAUUCUAUAGAGAAGGAGUGAGGAUGCUGUCUUCCCAUGAAUAGUACUCAGUAACAAACCAAUUGCAUUUUAGUUGGGGAGUGCCCCCCCUACCCAUCCUCCAGAUCCCUUCCAGCUAAAACCCUUCCCUCCUCCUGCCACAUGUUUCUCAGUUUCCCUUUUUGUUUGUUGGAUUGUUCCCACUGCCCCUUCUUCUCACCCUACCACCCUUGGAUCGUAAUGUAAAAUUCUUUUACCAUGUCAAGAAAUUAUUAAAAAUACAGGUACUUUGA